AUGUUAGCUCGACAAGCGUGGCGUUUUAUAAAUUUAGAAAAUAAUCUUAUGGUGAAGAUUUUUAAGGCCAAAUAUUUUCCAAAAAAUUCUUUUCUUGAGGCUACUUUGGAUUCGAAUCCGAGCUAUGUUUGGCAGAGUAUAUUUGAAGCUCAAGAGGUGAUGAUCAAGGGAGUUAGAGUGAAAAUUGGCAAUGGGCAAAAAACACGGGUUUGGGGCAGUCCUUGGUUGAAUGAUGAUAUUAGGGGAUUGAUUUCAAGUAUCAUGCCAAAUGAGCUCUCUAAUACAGUGGUUAGUAAUCUUAUGGAAGUUGAUGGAAGUAAGGAUGAAAGCUUAGUGAGGGACGUUUUUGACACUGUUGAUGUGGAAAAGAUACUGAAUAAACCUAUCUGUAAUAGUGACAUAGAUGAUGGGUGGCGUUGGCAGUUCGAUCCAAAGGGCAAGUUCACGGUAAAAAGCUGUUAUAGGGCGGUGUGUGGGGAAUUUAUGGGUCACCAGAAUCAGUGGCGGAUCCAGAAAUUAUUUCCAGCCAGGUUGCUUUCUUCUUCAGCGAGUUAUUCACACCAGCCACAGCCAUGGCUGAAAUCUGGGUUAUUAGCCAAAAUGAUGGUAAUGGAUGAGAAAAUGUUGAUAGCUAUGGUAUGCUGGAGCCUAUGGUUGAAUAAGAAUAACAUUGUUUGGAAAAAGGUAGCGGGAUCGGUGGAUUCAAUUAUCGCAUCAGCUGUAAAUCAAUUCUCGCCAUGGAACGUUUCUCACAUGCAUGAUGAAGAUCUAAGGUUAGUGGAGCUGUUGAAAGAAUAUGGACAUGUAACUUGGCUUCCUCCACGUGAAGGAUGGCUGAAAGUUAAUUGUGAUGCUGCAUGCUUCUCCAAUAAUCAUGAAACAGGUUUAGGAAUGGUGGUUAGAGAUUAUAUGGGUAAUGUUGUUCAAGCUAGACAUGUUAGAGUUCGUGGAAAUGUAUCUCCAAGAAUGGCGGAACCGAUGAGUAUUCGGGAAGCGUUGAGUUGGUUGAAAGGGUUUAGUCACGUUAUUUUUAGUUUCGUGAGACGGUCUGCGAAUCAGGCAACGUACAUUCCGGCGCAAAAUGCCUGUUCUAUUUCAGGUCAUUAUGAGUGGUUCUGUUACUUCCCUGAAUUCCUCACAAAUAUAAUUGCUUUGGAGUUCUAA